AUGACCCUAACUCAAUCAAAAUCUAAAGUAAAUAGAGACUCUGUGCGCGUUAAAAGAAUCGAAAGUGAAACGGACGAAUUAAGAUUUAUUGAACCUCAAUUUAACGUAAACCGUGUAAUAAAUAUCAACAAAACUGAAUUAUCCGAAGACUCGCAAAAAUUCAUGGUCCCAAUAAAAGUAGGUUCGGUAACCAUAAACUUUGAAGUGGACACAGGAAGCCCAGUCACCUUAAUUAAUCAACAUGAUUUUAACAAACUUCAAUAUCCGUCUCCUCUGAAAACCACAAAUGUACUUUUUCGAGUUUACACGGAACAAACGUUUGCUCCUUUGGGGGUGAUCCAAGUACCAAUAGAAUACGGCAACACAAAAUCAGUCGAAGAAUUGUACGUAGUUCCUGCCCCCUAUGCAGCAAUAGUAGGACGUGUAUGGCUUCGACGACUAGGAAUUGUAGAUAUUAAAAAUGCACCCACAAAUAAAAUCUCACAUCUUGCAACCUCCAAUUCUGAGACACUAAAGAACGAAAUCAUGCAAUCUUUCUAUGAUGUUUUCGAACAGAAAGUGGGUUGCGUUCCCAACUUUGCUUGCUCGCUCCGUGUCAAAGACAAUCAUAUGGCUCCACUUUUUAUGAAAUCCAGACAAAUUCCCUAUGCACUGCAAGAAAAAGUAGAAGCAGAGUUAGAUCUGAUGGAACAAAAUGGGCUCAUCGAAAAAACAGACUACUCUGAAUGGGGAUCACCACUGGUUUGCGUUCCAAAACCAGAUGGAAAUGUACGCCUCUGUAUUGAUUACAAAAUGACAAUCAAUCCGCACUUACAAAAUGCUCGUUAUCCAAUCCCUCUUAUCGACGACGUCUUAAACAGUCUCCGAGGUAGUGCAAUCUUUUGUAUUCUCGAUAUACAUAAAGCCUAUCAACAUCUGCUAGUCGACAAGGAAAGUCAAAAGCUGCAAACAAUUUCCACACAUCGCGGUACAUACAAAAUGAAACGUCUCGCGUUUGGAAUUAAAACGGCUCCCAACGAAUUUCAAAAAUUCAUUGAUACUGCUCUUCAAGGUCUCGAGGGUGUUGUCUCUUAUUUUGACGAUAUAGUUGUGCACGCUAACUCCCUACAAGAAUGCUAUAAUCGACUCGUAAAAUGCUUAAAUCGUCUCCGCAGUCUCAAUUUGCAUCUCAAUCCUUCAAAGUGCACCUUAUUUGCGAAGAAAAUUAAAUAUCUUGGUCACAUUGUUAGUGCAGAAGGAAUCCAGAAAACUCCAGAAAAGGUGGAGGCAAUAUUAAACGCCCCACGUCUCAAAAAUGUUCAAGAACUCCGUUCAUUAAUUGGCUGCGUCUCAUAUUAUUCGAAAUUUAUGCCAAAAAUUGCUGGGAUAAUGCGUCCCUUAUAUCAAUUAUUAAGAAUCGGGACAACGUUUAAAUGGACAGCUCCGUGUGAAUCCGCAUUUCUGAAAAUCAAGCAGGAAAUUUCUAGUAACCGAGUACUCAUAAAGUAUGAUCCAAAGUUACCGUUAAUCCUCGCAACGGAUGCUAGUCCGGUUGGCUUAUCAGCAGUUUUGUCACAUAUAUAUGAAGGAGAAGAACGACCUAUUGCGUUUGCAUCGAGGGCACUUACCAAAAGUGAAGAAAAUUACUCACAACUAGACAAGGAAGCGACCGCAAUAUAUUGGGGAUUUCAAAAAUUCUACACAUAUAUAUACGGUCGAAAAUUUACACUAGUGACUGACAAUAAACCUCUAAGCCACAUUUUUGGGGCAAGCAACUGUCUCCCAACCAUUACAGCUUCACGCCUCAUAAGAUACUCCAUGUUUUUAAGCAGUUUCGAUUACACAAUUAAGCAUCGUAAAUCGGAAGACCAUGCAAAUGCAGAUUAUCUGUCUAGAGCUCCAUUACCAAAUCCCAAACCUGAAUCUACAGAUGAAGAUUCUGAAGUUUUUAAUAUUAUCGUGUCUCAUUUAAUUUCCGACCCUAUUACUUUUCGAACUAUACAGUUAGAAACUGACAACGAUCCAGGACUAAAGGAAUUAAAACGGAAUUUAAGUCACAAUAAAACAGCAACGACAGAAUUCAGUCUUCACGAUAACGUUAUAUUCCGAGGUCCUCGGGUAAUGAUCCCAAACUCACUGCAAAGGUACGUUUUGAAUGAAUUACAUUCAACCCACCAGGGAAUUGUGAAGAUGAAAGCUCUUGCACGUCGAUAUUGCUAUUGGAAAAAAAUCGACCACGACAUAGAAUGCCUUGUUAAAUCCUGUAAAGCUUGCUGUGAUGUGAAGCCAAACCCACCAAAAGUACCUCUCCACAAAUGGGAACCACCUAAGGAAAAUUGGCAACGAAUACACAUGGACUUUGCUGGUCCCUUUCAAGGAAACUAUUUUUUCAUUGUCGUUGAUGCAUACUCGAAAUGGCCAGAAAUCAUCCCGUCGAAGUCAGCGCCGACAUCAGCUUCAACGGUGAUGAUGCUUCAAGAAAUCUUCAGUCGUAACGGCUUACCACAAAUUUUAGUCUCAGAUAACGCAACAAUCUUUAAAUCAAGGGAAUUCAAAGAUUUUUGCAACAGGAAUGGUAUUCAACAACGCUUCAUUGCCCCGGGUCAUCCAGCUACGAAUGGGCAAGCCGAACGAUUUGUCCAAAUCUUGAAAACAAAGCUAAAAGCCAUGAACGAAGAUCAGGGAACCUUACAUCAAAAACUGUAUGAAAUCCUACUCCGUUAUAGAGCAACGCCAUUACUCAGCAGUGAUAAGACUCCGGCAGAAAUCUUCUUAAAUCGGAAUUUAUGCACAAGACUGGAUUUGCUUAAAAUGAGAUAUCCCACCAAGAAUUUAAUAAACGACUCUAUCGUAACAGCCAAAUUACGUCUGGGAGAACGAGUACAAUCACGAAACUACAGCUCAUCUACACUUUGGAAAUAUGGAACCGUGGUCCAAAUAUUAGGCAAUCUACAUUAUCUUAUUGAACUCGAUGAUGGGUACGUCAUAAAACGCCAUAUCGACCAAUUAAGAAAGACUCAGGUGCCAAGGAACGAGCAUGUACCAAAUGUUUCUGAACCAAGCGUUUCUCAAGACAAAACGGUCCACAUGCAACCAAAUACUCAACAAGAAAAAACCCGGAACCCAUUCCUAUAUUACCAUUACCACUACCAGAACCCACUAAUUCUGAGUUACAGGCAGACCAACAACAACACCCGCCACUGA